AACGCAUUUGGCGUGGGUCACUCCUCCGAUUGGGUGGGGCCCAUCAGCAUGGUUUCAUCCACAUUCAUGCCGAUGCAAAUCUGCCAGCAAUGGAGGGACAGAUGAAGAUGGCGAACGAACUAGCCCGUAAUUUUCUGCGGCGCCGUUAACCCUUCUAUUUGUUAACACAUGUCUGUAGACUGUGGUUUCGCCUCGAUCCACUCCUAGAGGCCUGUUUGGAGUCUCCUCUGGCCACCGUGUCAAAGGAUAGGUUUUCGAUUCAGGUUUUGGUCACCGGGUGCAGGUUUGAUUUUUAAUGCGUGUGUUUGUUGCGGUUGGGAUUGACCAAGAGCUCAUGAGUGCAUCUCAAGUGUUUGUAAUUGCGAGAUUGAUAUCGUGGCUGCUCCGCCUUUGCAACACCUAAUUUCGGAACAGCUUCAUUUCUGUGAGACGAUUGGCAUCAUUUCAGAUGUUGCUGAAGGCGCUUAUUGUUUUUAUGGAAGUAACGGCAGUGGAGAAUAAGGCAAAAUGAGAUCUGGCAGUCAGUGGAAGCAUUUGGGCCAGCUUGGCCGGGCUUUCACGGUCAACCACUUUCAUCCUGUAAGAUACAAAGAGAACCUGAUUAAAUCGACUUUUUUUUCAUGGAGCAAGACCGUGGAACAAUUAUGGAAAUCGAACACAAUACUCCUGUCGGGGUUAGACCUAGGAAACAGACACAUUGCUGAAGACGCACAUCUGAGCUCCCGAGGAGGCCAUGGUAGGCGCUUCCGCUGUACAUCCUGUCAUGAGUUUGUGGGUCAAUCACCUGUUCCCACUUCAAAAUCCGGUUACACUGGUCCCAUUUCCAGAAAGUAUUGCCCUCUCAACCUUAGCCAGUACGGAAGGCUAGGGUUUAAGCUCACGCCGGCUCGGACGCAAGUUUCAAGUGCAGCCAGCAGCGAACCUGAUUAUUGGGAUACGUCUGAUUCAACGAUCGCUUCUGAGCUAAGUCACGAAAGUUCGUUGGUAGAUCAAAACAGGGUACUGCGAGAAAGAGAAUGGGACCAUGAUGAUGACGAAGGACAGAAAGUUCGAAAAGACUUCGAUGGUAUGAAGAUGUCGAGUGAUGUCGACGGCGACGAGUGGGGGCAAGAGCAUUUGGGCGUACACGAGGAUGAGACGCGUCAGCGGGCAAGCCAUUCUACCAAUUCACCUCCUAAAUUUCACCACGACGAUGUCUACAUACCUGUGAAAGCUUGCUACAUUUCGCGAAGCAUGGAUCUGAAGCGGCUGUCGGAGGAGCCCUUCUUGGAGAUCACCCCUUCGCGCAACAAUAUCAUCAUUCGAUUUACCAACCGGCCUGCUGAUGCUAAGCCUACCUCAAACAGACCUGGAUUUGCAGAAAUAAGCCGCUCUCAGGAAAGAUAUAUGGUCGCAUUUCAAUAUGGAUCUAUUGUAUUCUUCAACUUCGGUGAUGACGAAGAAGAGGAAGCCUUGGCUGCCGUGCGCAAGUUUUGCACAGAUGAAUUCCGGGAGACAAGGAAAGAUGAUUACGGGGUGCUGGUGCGGCCAACCCUACGUCAGUGGAGCGAGGGAGGACAGGAUCGAAUAAUGUUGCGAAUGCUUGACACAGACAACAUCCGAGUUAUUUCCAGCAUCCUUGGUCAAAGUAUUGCCCUUGACCACUACGCCAAGAAGGUGGAUGAGAUGGUGAAUACUUUUAGCGAGUUAAAUCGAGGAAUGGAGAAGACCGGUACUUUCACGAUGACUAGGAAAAGCCUCUUUCAGCUAGUGGCGGCCGCCAACACCACCCUUGCCGACGUUAUUCUCCGCCUUGGCCUUCUAGAGAGGUCAGAUGCUGCAUGGAAGGAUGCAAAUUAUGCUCAGAUUUGGGAGUACUUGCGAGACGAUUUUGAGCUUGAUGAGCGGUUCGAGAGUUUAGACUUUAAGCUUAAUAUUAUACAGCACAACGUGCGAUUCUUUUUGGAGAUUCUACAGAAUAGGAAGUCAGAUACGCUGGAGUGGAUCAUUAUCCUUCUUAUUACAGGAGAGAUAUGUGUUGGUGUAUACCAGAUUCUUUUGGAGACCAACGUCAUCUAGAGCCCAUACAUGAAGCUUUGCCCGAGGAUAGUUCGUCAUACAUGGGCAAGAAUUCAAAUUUCAUAGCUUUUUAAAAUCUGCAGGUAGCUCGCUGAUAGUCUACUUUGGAGCGAUCAAUUUUGUAAAUGUAUACUAUCAUUAUUUGCAAGGUUUUUUCAUUUAAAUAAUUUAGAAGCUCCUCAACAGUAUUUUUGCACUCUAUUUUAGCAUGUGGUUACGUUUCCAUUGCUCAGAUCAACUGCUCUUUUAAGAUUUCGUAUCGUAGUUCACGUUUCAUAUACUAAGUGGCUUUACUGUGAAUUUGGUAGUGGUCUUCCUCACGUUUUAGUUUUCGAAUUUCCUGGUCUUUAAGCAUUAAUUUUCAUAUUGUCGCCAACUGAGGAUCGAUUUGAAGAUGCUGCAUGGCGAUUUGGACCUCACUGGAAUCGAUACUAUUGCAACUGUGGAAUUUAACAGCAAGACCACAAAUACACGAAGGAAUCGACUUGUUCCGGAGUUGCAGUGGUGGAGCCCUAACAGGGGGGGGAUAUCAUUGUUUCCAUAGCCCUUUUACUUCAACUCCGCUGUGAACUCUGGUUUCCGCGUCCAUCUUCACAGAAUUAGCUGCCUUAACACUUCAAUGAUACCCAGGACUGCGAGCGACCGAUCAUGGCAACCUACACCAGUGCGCAAGUUGAUGUGAUUGCGGAGGUCGUAGCUGGCGCAGAGGCCUCAUGGCUAAUUUCAAUGCUCUGUUGCACGAGAUCUACAUCCUGUGAAUACAUUGUAGGAAGAGGGUAGUUAACAAGCUCUCCGGAUUCUUCUGAAACUGUCUGUCUGUCGGUCUUAUCGACAUGUUAUGACAGAGGGGGAAUAUAUGACGUUGCAUGUGUUUGAUGUGUAGAAUCCCUGGCUUAUAUCUAUCAAGAAUUAGGGUGGCAAGUUGGAGAAACGUUUGAGGGAUCCUUGUCUAUAUCCGGAUUGUUACCGUAAGGAUUAAAUUUGGGUUUCUGACGA